UCAGGGACUGUCAAAAAAAAAUCACGCUCCACCGGCCCCUGCCCGGGAUGAGAAAUCCAACGGCGGCCGAUGCCGUCAGCGAGUUGGCGGAGCUGGUCCUCCCGUGGCUGCCGCCGCCCGACCUUGCCGCCGCGGCUUCCGCCAGCCGCGCCAUGCGAGCGGCCGCGUCUGCCGUCACCGCCCGCCGCGCCGCCGACUCGGCUCGCGGCCUGGAGGCCUUCCCUGCCCCCUUCGUCAACCCCAUCGACUCCCAGCCCUACUCCUACUUCAUCUACACGCCCUUCUCCCUCAUACCUUCCGCGGCCUCCUUCCACGCGCAGCCGUGGGGCUGCGCAUGGUCCCGGACUCCGGGCCCUACCUGGCCCCGCCCCGACCUAGGCCUCCCCUUGGCCGGCUGCUCGUGCGCCCGGGGGGAGUGCGGCGGCGCGGCGUGCGCGUGCGCCGACGCGGAGGCCGAGGCGGCGGAUGCGUCGGGGGCGGGUAUGGCGAGCCUCAGCGAGUGCGGCGACGGGUGCGCGUGCGGGCCCUCGUGCGAGAACCGGCGGACGCAGCGCGGCGUCACGGUGCGGCUGCGCGUCCUGCGCCAACUGAAGAAAGGGUGGGCGCUGCACGCCGCCGAGGUCAUUCACCGCGGCCAGUUCGUCUGCGAGUAUGCCGGUGAGUUCUUGACAACAGAAGAAGCCCGGAGGAGGCAUAGGCUGUAUGACGAGCUUGCCUCGGUUGGUAAGCUCUCUCCUGCACUCCUGGUCAUACGAGAGCAUCUUCCUUCUGGGAGAGUAUGCAUGCGAGUUAACAUUGAUGCAACAAAAGUGGGAAACGUGGCUCGUUUCAUCAACCAUUCAUGUGACGGAGGCAACCUGCGCCCUAUCUUAGUGAGGAGCUCUGGCUCGUUGCUCCCAAGGCUCUGCCUUUUUGCUGCCAGAGAUAUAGUGGACGGGGAAGAGCUCGCCUUCAGUUACGGGGAUGCUAAACCCAAUCCUAAGGGCUUACCGUGCUUCUGUGAAAGCUCGUGUUGCCCUGGUGUAUUACCUGCAGAAGAAACCUAAGUUCGUCUCAUCGGUUGUAAUUCCUUCCAAGCAAAUUUUGUUAUGCGCUGUUUGUACUUUACAAGAAUGUUGGCUAGCUUCUGGAUGAGUUAUUAUUCCUUCAUUUCAUCAGUUGUAAUUCGUUCCUAACAAAUUUCAUGUAUUCCUUUUAAUAUGACAUCAAUUGUAACUGCCGACUUUGUAACAAAUUGGAUAAUGUACUCUUUCUUAACAAGAGAUUUGCUGCAAGGGAAGUAAACUUGCACAACAGAUCGAUUCGCCA